UUAUCAACAGGCCCCCCAUUAUUGAUUCAGGGAUGUUGGUGACUCACCAAGGCCGCCCUUUUCCUCUUAGCCAAGCCUCACGUCCCGAUAUUCCAGCAAGCGCAGCUUCUGGACAGUGACCUUGGUGAUACCAUUAAUAAAGUCCAUGCGACCAGUCCUUCCGACAUGCAUGAAACUCAGAUUCGAGUUCGAGUCCGAUCAGUUCCCUGACGAUAACCGAUAAACAUUUGCCAUCGUCGACAUAGAAUCACCGAAGUCUUUCCAAUCUUAUCACAAGUGCGUGUCCAAGUGCGAGCUUGCCACAGACCGCUCCACCCCUGCGUAAUCAGGAACGAUAAGAUCAAUGUCUACUAUCAGCAACACCGAAACGAACACCACCAACACCAGUGUCACUCCAGCGACGCCCACCAAGAUCAAUCCCGAACAAGCAGUUGCCUUCGCAGCCCUCAUUCUCGCCGACGACGGCCUCACCAUCACGCCGGAGAAGCUGCAAGCUCUCCUCAGGGCCGCUGGCCUCACUGAAAUCGAGCCUAUCUGGACCACUAUCUUCACCAACGCGCUCAAGAAUAAGGACAUCAAGGAGAUUCUCACUACGGUCGCCACUUCCAGUCCCGAGGCUGGAGGUGACGACGCCUCGUGCACUAGCAACUGCGAUGGAAGCACCUAUGAUGUUGACCUCGACUCCGAUACUGAGGAGGGAUACGGAUGCACAUUUUGCUGGGAUUAAGAUGAGGGCUACUGGGGGUUGCACAAUAGUUCACCACAAAAUGAAAUCUCUCUUGUUCAUUGUAUUUAAAGUAUCCUCCAG